GCCGUGACGUCAUCGCGCCGCGCGCAGGGAAUUAGGAAAGGCAGGACGGGGUUGUUUCCGGAAGUGGCGGGGUUUCAGCGGACCCCCGGCCUGACCCGACCCGGGAAGAGGCCGGGAUGGAGGUCACCAGGAGCAAUUUUAAGGAUAAUCUCAACAAAGUCUAUGAAGCCAUUGAGGAGGCAGACUUCUUGGCUAUCGAUGGGGAGUUUUCAGGAAUCAGUGAUGGGCCGUCAGUUAGCGCCUUAACAAAUGGCUUUGACACACCAGAAGAAAGGUACCAGAAGCUUAAAAAGCAUUCCAUGGAUUUUCUGCUGUUCCAGUUUGGCCUUUGCACUUUUAAAUAUGACCUUGCAGAAUCUAAGUACAUCAUGAAAUCAUUUAAUUUCUACAUCUUCCCCAAACCUUUCAACCGAACGUCGCCAGAUGUCAAGUUUGUCUGUCAGAGUUCAAGCAUAGACUUUUUAGCAAACCAAGGAUUUGAUUUUAAUAAAGUGUUUCGCAAUGGGAUCCCGUAUUUAAAUCAAGAGGAGGAGCGGCAGCUGCAGGAGCAGUACGAGGAGAAGCGCUCGCAGGCCGGCCGGGUGGGCAGCCUCUCCUUCACCUCCCCCAAUGCCCAAAGCAAGUGUCCGGUCACUAUCCCAGAGGACCAGAAGGCCUUCAUUGACAAAGUGGUAGACAGAGUCGACACUCUCCUGCAGAACGAAGAAAACACCAGUUUGGAGCUGGAGCCCUGCACAGGAUUCCAGAGGAAACUUAUUUACCAGACGCUCAGCUGGAAGUAUCCAAAAGGCAUCCAUGUGGAAACUCUGGAAACAGAGAAGAAGGAGCGCUACAUCAUCGUCAGCAAAGUCGACGAAGAGGAGCGCAAGCGGCGGGAGCAGCAGCGGCAAGUGAAGGAGCAGGAGGAACUGAAGGACGCCGUGGGCUUCUCCCGAGUGAUUCACGCCAUGGCCAAUUCCGGAAAACUCGUGGUUGGGCACAACAUGCUGCUGGAUGUCAUGCACACCAUCCACCAGUUCUAUUGUCCGCUGCCAGAGGACCUCAGCGAGUUCAAGGAGCUGACGACAUGUGUUUUCCCAAGGUUGCUGGACACAAAACUGAUGGCUACCACUCAGCCCUUCAAGGACCUCAUCAACAACACUUCUUUGGCAGAGCUGGAAAAGCGGGUGAAGGAGACCCCCUUCAGCCCCCCAAAAGUCGAAACGGCGGAAGACUUCCCCAGUUAUGACACGGCUUCGGAGCAGCUGCACGAGGCUGGAUAUGACGCCUACAUCACCGGCCUGUGCUUCAUCUCCAUGGCAAACUAUCUGGGUUCCUUCCUCAGUCCCCCAAAAAACCACGUCUCUGCAAGAUCAAAGCUCAUUGAGCCUUUUUUCAACAAGUUGUUCCUGAUGCGGGUGAUGGACAUCCCGUACCUGAACCUGGAAGGGCCAGACUUGCAGCCCAAGCGCGACCACGUCCUUUACGUCACGUUCCCCAAAGAGUGGAAGACGAGUGACCUUUACCGCCUUUUCAGCGCUUUCGGCAACAUCCAGGUCUCCUGGAUCGAUGACACGUCCGCCUUCGUCUCGCUCAGCCAGGCAGAACAAGUCCAGAUCGCCGUCAACACCAGCAAAUAUGCGGAAAGCUAUCGGAUCCAGACCUAUGCUGAAUAUGUAGAGAAGAAGCGCGAGGAGAAGCGGCCAGCAAAGCGGAAGUGGGCCGAAGACGGAUGGAAGGAGUCUGAGGGCAAGCGCCUCAAGACCCAGGCCUCCCCGUAUGGCACGGUCCAGGGCCGGUAUUACAACCCCAACAGCUUCACAGCAAGCAGCGCAGCAGGGAAGAGGAGCAUGAGCCCUAUCCAGGAGGAAAGCGGCUGCGGAGACGGAGAGGAAGAAGAGGAGGAAGAAGACGAAGAGGAGGAUGAGGAAGAGCAGGACUCCACUGAUGCCAACACAGACUCUGUCACCCAAGAAGGGAAGAAGAAGGCCAAGCGGUUUAAGAAAGCCAAAAUAGAGCCGGACUCACCAGGCCAAGACCUUCCAACUUCCUUCCCGGCUGGGAUCUUUGACGUCCCGGACACUUGGUAGCCACAGUCUCCCCUCCUGGCCUCUGCUUCGGGAAAUGGGCCGGCCCCAUGGAGAGAGGGGUCUGGCUGCAAAUCUGGAUCCCUUCAGGCCCCGGUUUAACUCUUCCAACUGCCUCCUGGACCUUUGCGGCCAUUUCCUUCAAUGUCCAUUUCCUUCGAACCUUUUCGGUCCCGAAACCGGAGCGGUCAGUCCCAUAUCCGGACUUCGAUGUGGAAUUACGACCUUUCCUUGACCUUUCCCAUUUUGGAGAGAUUCCCCUUUUUGCGUCCUUUAUUUCCUGAAGGAGAGAACAACGACGUCUUUCCUUCCUUCCUUUCAUUCAUUUCAACAGAAACAAGAAUUCUUGACUUUGGGUUUGAUAUUUAACAUGUUUUCUUUUUUUUUCUAUCAUGGAAAACCAGAAUUGAAAACACAUUUAAGAAAAAAAAAUGAUGUAUUUCCAUAAAAUGAAAAUUAAAGGAUUUUUUUUUUCCUUA